GCCGGAGGGGGCAGGAAAGGAUGCGCUGCCCAGAAGUGGCGGGGGCGGACCUCGCUGGGUCCGGAAUGACCCCCGCCCUCCGGGUGCCCGCCUCCCCUUGUCGUCCGGGGCGGGUCCGGGCGGGGCUGCGGGAGCGGUGCACCGCGGGGCGCGGGAGCGCAGUCCGGGGUCGCGGGAUGCUCCGCGCGCAGCCUCGCGGCCCUUGAGGCCUCCCUGCCGCCUCACCGCCUCUCCGCCUCUCCACCUCUCCCGGCCGGCCUUGAAACCUCCGUCCAGCCUCACCACCCUCGCCAGUCCCCAGAGGUAUUUUUGGAAAAAGAAAAUCACAAUUCGGAUGGGAGAAAGGACAUGAGGAGACUAAAGACCUGGGAUUUUGCUGAUCAGAAUGAAACCAAUGUUGAAAGACUUUUCAAAUCUAUUGUUGGUGGUGCUCUGUGACUAUGUCCUUGGAGAAGCCGAGUAUCUCCUCUUAGGAGAGCCAGGCCAUGUAGCACUAAGCAACAACACCGUGUCAGUGGAUUUCCAGUAUGCUGAUGGUGCUAACGGGACGCUGAGGAAUGUGUCUGUCCUGCUGCUGGAGGCCAACACCAAUCAGACUCUUACCACCAAGUACCUCCUGACCAACCAGUCCCAGGGAACACUGGAGUUUGAGUGCUUCUACUUCAAAGAGGCUGGCGACUACUGGUUCAUGAUGACUCCGGAAGUGAUAGACAACAGUACUGCAGUCCCCUGGUGGGAGAAAAGUGCCUUUCUGAAGGUGGAAUGGCCCGUCUUUCACGUUGACUUGAACAGGACAUCCAAGGCAGCAGAAGGCACCUUCCAGGUGGGCCUUUUUACCAAUCAGCCACUGUGUCUGUUUCCUGGUGACAAACCUGACAUGUUAGUGGAUGUCAUCUUCACCAACAGUCUUCCUGAGGCUAGGACAAGUCCAGGUCAGCCACUAGAGAUAAGAACUACCAAAAGGGCAGAACUCACUCAAAGUCAAUGGGUUGAGUUUGGCUGUGCACCUGUGGGGCCAGAGGCCUAUGUCACCGUGGUGCUAAAGCUGCGUGGCCAAGACUCGGUCAUCACUUCCACAGGACCCAUUGACCUGGCUCAGAAAUUUGGAUAUAAAUUGGCGAUGGUGCCAGAGCUCACGUGUGAGUCUGGAGUGGAGGUGAUGGUCCUGCCCCCACCGUGUGUCUUCGUCCAAGGAGUGGUGGCUGUCUUCAAGGAGGCCCCCAGACGCCCUGGAGAGAGGACCAUUCAGCUAGCUGAAAACAGCUUGCCCCUGGGAGAGAGGAGAACAGUGUUUAACUGCACUUUGUUUGACAUGGGCAAGAAUAAAUAUUGCUUUAACUUUGGAGUUUCAAGGAGAAGCCAUUUUUCUGCAAAGGAAAAGGAAUGCAUGCUCAUUCAGAGAAAUAUAGAAACUUGGGGACUGUGGCAGCCGUGGAGCCAAUGUAGCGCUACGUGUGGGGAUGGUGUCAGAGAACGUCGCCGAGUAUCCUCAAUGUUGACUCCCUCCAGACCUGGCUGCCCUGGAGUGUCCUCGGAGGCCUCCCCAUGUUCCCUGGAGGAGUGUGCUGCUUUCCGGCCAGCCAGCUCAUCCCCCCUUCCACCGCAGGGUCCGGCAAAGUCCAACAACAUCGUGACGGUCACUGGGAUAUCCCUGUGCCUCUUCAUCAUCAUUGCCACCGUCCUCAUCACUCUAUGGAGGAGGUUUGGCCGGUCCCCCAAAUGCAGCACCCCGGCUCGACACAACUCCAUCCAUUCCCCCAGCUUCCGGAAGAACUCGGACGAGGAGAACAUCUGCGAGCUGAGCGAGCAGCGGGGAAGCUUCUCGGAUGGGGGUGAUGGGCCUGGGGGGAGCCCAGGGGACACGGGUAUCCCUCUGACCUACAGGCGCAGUGUGCAGGUGACUCCUGAGGACGACGCCUCUGGCAGCGAGAGCUUUCAGUCCAAUGCACAGAAGAUAAUCCCCCCUCUGUUCAGCUACCGCCUUGCCCAGCAGCAGCUGAAGGAGAUGAAGAAGAAAGGACUGACCGAGACCACCAAAGUGUACCAUGUGUCUCAGAGUCCCCUGACAGACACCGCCAUAGACUCUGCGGCUGGUCCCCCCUUAGACUUGGAAAGCCCAGAAGAAGCUGCAGCCAGUAAGUUCCGGAUCAAGUCUCCAUUUCUGGACCAGCCUGUGGGGCUGGGGAGUGGCGGGGAAAGGCCUCCCUCCAGGCUGGAUUUCAACAUGUCUCAGGCCAGUUGUGCCAUCAGCCCCAGCCAGACUCUGAUCCGCAAGUCCCAGUUGAGGCACACGAGUGGCAGAGGGGCCUCAUCAGAAAGGAGCCACCCCAGGAAUUCCCAUUUCAGGAGGACGGCGAGUUUUCAUGAGACCAAGCAACCCCGACCAUUCCGGGAGAGGAGCAUGUCCACUCUGACUCCACGGCAGGCCCCCACCUACAGUUCUAGGAUGCGUACCUGGGACCAGGCAGAGGACAGGUUUAGGCCUCCGAGUCGAGGUGCUCACCUGGUUCCUGAGAAACUGGAGCAUUUCCAAGGAGCAGGUGGAAUCAGUGGUCCAUUGAGCCCUCUCCCUAAACCCUACACCAUGGGGCAGCCUAUGCGGAAAGCAGACCUGGGGGACCGCCAGGCAGGACUAGUGGCAGGAGUGGAGAGAACAGAGCCCCACAGAGCUCGGAGAGGACCAUCCCCCAGUCACAGGAGUGUCUCAAGGAAGCAGUCUUCCCCCACGUCUCCCAAAGAUAGCUACCAGAGGGUCAGUCCACUGAGCCCUUCUCCAUGUAGGAAAGACAAGUGUCAGAGCUUCCCAGCCCAGCCUGAGUUUGCCUUCUAUGACAACACAUCUUUUGGCCUCACUGAGGCUGAGCAAAGGAUGCUGGACCUCCCGGGAUAUUUUGGCUCAAACGAAGAGGAUGAAACCACCAGUACCCUUAGUGUGGAAAAGCUGGUCAUCUAGGUCAAGAAUCUGCCUGAGACUUCACACAACAGGCGUCCUUCACCCAGGUUGCACUAUCAACUGCUCCUGUAGCUCCGAGGACUAUUUUGUGUAAUGGUUCGUGAGGCAGAAUGUGGGAAGGGAGUUGCUCACACACUGGGGGGGACACGUGCAUGUGCACAUGUUUUAAUUCAUAAGGAAGAAGUUAUUGAUCCUGAACUUUUCUUUUUGCUACCCUAUUUCUAUUGGCUUAUUACUAAUAGCAAUAACAAAAUUUAAACUAAGGCAAAUAGAACGUGACCUAUCAUGUGGCUAUGAAAGACCACAAGAUGUGCCUUGAGCAUGAUGUUCUUUGAACACUGCACUGGAAGUUUCCUGGCUUGAAGCAGAUCUCUGGAAGCCUUAACUCAUCAGUGCCAGAGUAAAGUCAGCUUGGUAUCACAAUUUUGAACUGUAAAUUUUUAAAGUUAUAAACAUAUAAGCAUUGGCUCCUGCAGGAGCAACAUUGAACAGGUUUUGUAUCUGGCUGAUUGAGUGAAUUAUGGUUAUUAGACCACCAAGAAAUGUUGACCCUACAAGUUAUUCCAGAAGAACUUGCAGGAAAGAUUUGGGUGACAUCUUAACAUUUUUUAAUGCAAUGAAGAGUUCAUAUGACUUGACAAAAUUAUGUGAAUUAAUCCUGCUUUAGAGAAAUGACAUAACCAUUUGAUUGUUUAGGUGGUGAAUCAAAUAAAGAACUAGCCAUCAUUGUUCUGGGAAAAUA